ACCUUGCUUCAGCUUCGUCUGAUUCCGAAGCUCAACGGUGAGACGCCAAACACGUAGAACAGAUUGUUCCAUUUGAUCAACAGCGGCUGCCACCAGUGCCACCAGGCAGCUCUCACAGAGAGAGAGAGAGAGAGAGAUGGCGUUCGCUGUGCGUUCUUCUCUUCUUCCUCUGGUGUAUGGGAAUGCCAGCGUCUCUCUCCGGCGGCCCGGGCGGAGUCUUCCUGCCCUUCUCUGCAAGUCGUCCCUCCGCAACAAUCUCUCCACGUCAUCGUCCGUCGAUGAGCAGAAGCUCAUACUAGAAGUGAAAAACAAGCUAGAGAGAGAAUACCCCAUGCUUCCACUAGGCAGCUAUGGAAGGGAUGACGAUGAGAUGAUUCUGUGGUUUCUGAAGGAUCGGAAGUUUCACAUUGAAGAAACCAUUUCAAAGCUUACCAAAGCUAUCACAUGGCGUAGAGAGUUUGGUGUGUCAGAUCUCUCAGAAGACACUGUCAGUGAGAUUGCUAAGACUGGCAAGGCCUAUGUGCAUGAAUUCCCUGAUGUUCAUGGUAGGCCAGUUCUUGUGGUCAUUGCCUCUAAACACUUCCCAGCAAAGCAUGAUCCUUUGCAGAGUGAAAAGCUCUGCGUCUUUCUGAUUGAGAAAAUCAUCAAUUCAUUGCCUGCUGGGAAAGGAGAGGUUCUGGGAAUAUUUGAUCUCCGUGGAUUUGGCCCUGAAAAUGGAGAUAUUUUAUUUUUGAAGUUCCUGAUUGAUGUCUUUUAUUACUACUAUCCUCGGCGGCUGGGUCAAGUCCUUUUUGUCGACGCCCCUGUUGUUUUCCAGCCAAUUUGGCAGUUAGUGAAGCCUUUAUUGAGAUCAUAUGCAAGUUUGGUAAGGUUUUGCUCGUCAGACACUGUCCGAAGGGAGUACUUCACAGAGGCAACAAUACCUCCGAACUUCAGAGGCUGAAUUGGUGCCCAGUAUCAAUUUUCCUUUCACAUUUCUCUACAGGAAGAGAUGGAGGCCUCUUGGAGGAAAGAGAUCAACGACUGCGCCAUCCUUCACCAUCAUUAGUGCCAAAGAACUGUUAGUGCAGAGAUGACGCAGGGGUAUUGAAGAUGUCUGCUUUUUUUGCAGCAUCAGCUAGUUUGAACAGGUAAGUUCUUGCCACUUCUAGAACGAAUAGUCCCAAAAUCUAUGCCACCCUUCAUCUAAAUUAUGUUUUUGUCAUGCAUAAGGUUACAUCAACUGUGACAAUUCAGGCCAUGCAAUUACGGUAUUCGCUAUCGACAAUGGAUAUCUUCUGUAUAUGAUCAAGCUACCUGUAACUUGACAAAGCAUAUCAAGAGUAUGGAAUAAUAUCAAAUUAGCAGCUUGAAAUUAGAACA